AUGAAGACAAAUCGACCAAACAUCCACAUCGACGAAACUCUCAAAGCUAUGUAUGAUUCUCUCGGCAAGCCGGCGCUAUUUGUUGUCGAUUUGCGACCAGUGAGCCAUCCCAUUUGCGUGAUCUGCGAUCAUGAUGUUGCAGAGCAAAUAUCGAAAAGCUCCAAGCUGUUUCCAUACAGUCCGCCAAAGUCACACACAUCUCGCUGGUAUAGUGACAUGAUGGGCCCACUGUCGAUUGUUCUUGCAGAAAACGAAGAGUGGAAAAGCCUUCGCAAACAGUUCAACCCGGGAUUUGCCCAUAAGCACCUCGUUACUCUGCUGCCAUGUAUUCUGGACAAGACACAGCUUUUUUUGACGAAGCUCGAUCAUUAUGCGACCACUGACGAGGAGUUCUUACUGGAUGAACUAUGUACGAAUUUGACAUUUGACAUUAUCGGCGCCGUCACCAUGGAUAUUGAUCUGGACGCUCAACUCGGAGAAGAGAACCAAAGUGCAAUCGUUCGACUCUUCCGCAAACUAGGCUCAACCUAUCGUUCCGGCCACAGCGGAUGGAAAUUAUUACUCCCUCUCCAGAGGAAGUUGCUUUCUCGCCAACUUGGUGUGCAGAUCAAAGAGCGUAUCAAAGAAAAGUUUGAGGGGCAGUCAACUUCACAAAAUCCGUCUCGCAGUGUCCUUGCUCUCAGUCUAGUCGAAACGCACGAGUUAACGCCCGAAGUGUUAGACCGGACUUGCGAUCAACUCAAGACUUUUCUAUUUGCCGGCCAUGAUACAACAAGCAUCUUAUUACAAUGGACAUUCUACGAGCUAGCUCGAACCCCGCAUGCCUCGCGCCGUGUUUGUGUAGAACUGGACGAGAUAUUCGGUUCUGAUUCGCACCCGACUUACGUUCGAAAUCAAAUCCUAGAACACGGAGAGAAUGCUCUCCAAAGAAUGACCUACACCUCUGCCGUUAUCAAGGAAAUUCUUCGUCUGUAUCCACCAGCUGCGACAGCGCGAUUUUCCACCCCAAACACUGGAUUGAGCGUUCGAUUACCGAAUGGUGAAGAUAAGUGUCUGGAUGGGUUGAUGCUAUACAACUGCCAGAAGCUUAUACAGCGUGAUCAUGCCGUGUACGGUGACAAAAGCGAUGAGUUUAUUCCCCAACGCUGGUUGGAAACAGGCUCUAUACCGGCCAGUGCUUGGCGGCCUUUUGAGCGUGGUCCCCGCAACUGUAUUGGACAAGAGCUGGCGAACAUCGAAGCACUUGUGAUUCUCGCAUGUGCCGCACGGCGAUAUAAUUGGGAGAAAGUAGGACUUGGGUCCACCAAGAGGGAUGAGUCAGGUGCGCCAAUUGAAAAAGAAAACGGACAAUACGAAGUCGAGUCCGAGCUGUAUAAUACACUGGAGAUCACCUCCAAGCCAGUGGAUGGAAUGAGGAUGCGGGUGAAAUUAGCAACAUAG